AUGAACGCAGCCGCCCGCGCUCCCGCCACCAGCGUGAGUGCCGAUUGCUGCAUCCCGGCAGGUCUGCGCCUCGGGCCGGUGCCCGGAACCUUCAGGCUGGGCAAGUACCUGUCAGACCGCAGGGAACCCGGGCCCAAGAAAAAGGUGCGCAUGGUGAGAGGGGAGCUGGUGGACGAGUCGGGGGGCUCCCCUCUGGAGUGGAUAGGGUUAAUCCGGGCAGCCAGGAACCCCCAGGAACAGACUCUGGAAGCUAUUGCAGACUUACCCGGAGGACAGAUCUUCUACCGAGCGCUGCGAGAUGUCCAGCCAGGGGAAGAGCUGACCGUGUGGUACUCCAACUCCUUGGCUCAGUGGUUUGACAUCCCCACAAUUGCAACUCCGACGCACGAUGAGAAAGGGGAGGAGCGCUACAUUUGCUGGUACUGCUGGAGGACGUUUAGAUACCCCAACAGCCUUAAGGCGCACCUACGUUUCCACUGCGUGCUCAGUAGCGGCGCGGGCCGCGCCUACUUGCACCAAGAGCACGCGUCUCGCCAAGGCCCUGCCGCUGUCGCGGAUGGCCUUGGCUUUUCUCCGAAACCGCAGGUGUCGGACUUCGCCGCGGCCACCCCGGCAGGCACACUACGGCACCACCUGCAGGCCCCACUGCCUGUCCAGGCUUGCGGAGCGAGGGAGAACAUCAAGCGCGAGGCCUCCUCUGCGCCCUCGGCCUCCUCGCCGCCCCCCGCCAAGUGGGGCCUGUCCAAGAAGAGCAAGGAACAGCUUGACCGCGCCCUGGACGUGAGCGGGGCCGCCCGGGGGAACAGCCACUUUCUGGGCAUCGUGGGUGGCUCUCCAGCGGGGGGCGGCGGCCUGGCCUUAUACCCCGGCGUGCGCUCGGCUUUCAGGCCAGCGGGUUUGGCCAGGACAGUGGCGACAGCCUACCGGGAGGAGGGCGGUGGCAAAUCGGGGUCCGGCUUGCUGGGUGGGGGUCGGGCGGGAGGGCGCCCCGGAAGCAGGGAGAACCCGGCGGCGGGCGGCGCGGGCCAACACCAGCACCAUCACGCUCACCAUCACCACCACCACCAUCCGAAGUGCCUGCUCGCGGGGAAUCCGCCUCUGCCUCCUCCGCCUGGUUUGCCUUGCUCCGGGGCCCUGAGAGGCUUCCCUCUGUUCCCUGGCCCCCCGGAAGAGGCGUCCGCCUUCAAGCACGUGGAGCGCGCCCCGCCCGCUGCUGCCGCGCAGCCUGGAGCGCGUUUCGCUCCGCUGCCCCCGGCGACUGGCCUCCACCUCGAGCGCUGCGCGCUGCCGGGCCUCGACGCGAGCGGGCUCAAAACCUACCCCGGUAGCGAGUGCAGCCACUUGCCCGCCGUGAUGCCGGCCUUUACUGUCUACAACGGGGAGCUACUGUAUGGCUCACCGGCCGCCGCUGCCGCUUAUUACCCGCUCAAACUGCACUUCGGUGGGCUACUCAAGUAUCCGGAGUCCAUCUCUUACUUCAGUGGGCCCGCGGCGGCGGCGGCCACGCUGAGCCCCGCGGAGCUAGGUUCCCUUGCUAGCAUCGAUCGGGAGAUUGCCAUGCACACGCAGCAGCUCUCCGAGAUGGCGGCUGGAAAAGGCCGUGGCCGCCUGGAUGCAGGGACACUGACAUCCACCGUCGUGGCGUCGGGUGGCGCGGGGAGUGGCAGCAGCGGGGGCGGAGGCGCGGGCAAGCCCAAGACAGGCCACCUGUGCCUCUACUGCGGCAAGCUGUACUCACGCAAGUACGGGCUCAAGAUCCACAUGCGGACGCACACGGGCUACAAGCCGCUCAAGUGCAAAGUGUGCCUGAGGCCCUUUGGAGACCCCAGCAAUCUCAACAAGCACAUCCGGCUGCACGCAGAGGGCAACACGCCCUACCGCUGCGAGUUCUGCGGCAAAGUGCUGGUGCGGCGCCGUGACCUGGAGCGCCACGUCAAGUCCCGCCACCCAGGUCAGAACCUGCUCGCCAAGACGUGCAACGGUCCCGGCGCAGAGCCUGACUUUCCCCCGGAGUCCGAGGAGCCCAAGAGCGACAACGACAGCGACGUGGACGUCUGCUUCACGGACGACCAGAGUGACCCUGAAGCCGGGGGUGGUGGCGGCGAGCGUGUCUCUUAA